UCUCUGUCUUAACACUGCAUGGAUGGAGUUACCGAGGAGCCACAAUCCCCACCUCCCCAAGCCGCCGCCGUGGCACCACCACCCCCACCCCCACCGCAGCCAAAUCAGUGUUUCCACUGCGGUGGAAGGAUACUUGGGAAUGCUGCUGGCAUGGAAUUCCAUAACAAGGCCAUUCAUAAGAAGAAUAACUUCGUUUGCGGUGCGUGUGGCACCGCCUUCCGCUAUCCGGCACAGCUGGCCGACCAUUGCGAUCGCACUGGACACUAGUCCAGUGAUCCCUGCCAUGUUGGAGUUUCAGGCCUUGACAUAUUCACACUUCUGCAAAUAUGCUUGUUCUGAGGAAGUUCCUGAGCUCCAAGACAUGGGAGGCCCUGCUGAAGGAGGAUUUAGUAUUGUCUACACAAAUUUCACUGUUGGAACCAUCUUUGGUGUAUGGCCUGGGGAUAAGCUAACUGGGGUCACAGGAAGAGAUCAAGUUGCAGCAGCCAUGGGGAUAUUUGGACCGCGAAUUACAUAUGUUCUUGCUCUUAAAGAUUGUCCCGGGACCCAUGAAUUCCUCCUCCUUGAUGAAGGUUUGAACACGAAUACAGUCAACUAAAUAAGCAAUAUGAAUCUGAACAUUGCAACAUGUAAAACCUUAAGGCAACGGGUGAAGUGAUCAAAACUUUUAUAACUCCUUUGGAUGCUCUUGUACGCCUGAUAUCAGACUUUUUAUGCAACUCAACAGGAUUUAUAAUUCAUUUAGUUCUU